AUGCUGUCCUAUGAGAGUAUGACUGAGAGACAGCGCGAGUUAUAUGACAAAGUCAAGAACACAAGCGGAUGGCUCGAUCUGUACGACAAUCAGAUCGACGAGGCUGAAGCUCAAGCGAUUGCUGAGGCACUCAAAGUGAACAAGACGGUGACUGCGCUCUGGCUGAAAAACAACCAGAUUGACGAUGCUGCUGCGAAUACGAUUGCAGAGGCACUGAAAGUCACCAAGACUCUGUCUGAGCUCUAUCUGAGUCACAAUCAGAUUGGUCAUGCUGGAGCGCAGGCGAUUGCUGAGGCACUCAAAGGGAACAAGACGGUGACUGAGCUCAACAUGAAUGGGAAUCAGAUUGGCGAUGGGGAAGCACAGGUGAUUGCAGAGAUGCUCAAAGUGAACACGACACCGACUACACUCAUAUUGGCGAACAAUCAUUUUGGCUGUGCAGGUGCGCGGGCGAUUGCUGAAGCACUCAAAAUGAACAAGACGCUGAUCGAGCUCGUUCUGGGUGGGAAUCAGAUUGGCGAUGCUGGAGCGCAGGCCAUUGCUGAGGCACUCAGAGUGAACAAGACGUUGACUCGGCUCGGUCUGGAUAAAAAUCAGAUUGGCGAUGCUGGCGCAAAAGCGAUUGCUGAGGCACUCCAAGUGAACAAGACGCUGCCGUGGCUCAAUUUGAUUGAUAAUCAGAUUGGCGAUGCCGGAGCACAGGCGAUUGCAGAGGCACUCAAAGGGAACAUGCCGGUGCAGACGCUCUAUUUGGACUGGAAUCGAAUUGAUGAUGCUGGGGCGCAGGAGAUUGCUGGAGCGCUCAAAGUUAACACGACGCUGAAGUGGCUCGAUCUACGAUCCAAUUGCAUUGGCAAUGCUGGUCUUCAAGCGAUUCGUGAAGCGAGUCAAGUCAACCGAACUCUGUCUAACCUUUGCAUCCAUAGCCAGAUCAACCCUCUUGCAUUCUCCUUGCUUCCACGAUUGGCAACUGCUGACGAUCUUCAGACCGUGUUGCACUUGCUGACCUGCGAACCAGUGCUGGAGGAUCAAGCCACAUCUCUACCAGCACUACCAACCGAGCUUGCCGAGCUCAUUAUGGACAAGGCGCACUACUGGCAAGGCGUACAUCGCACCAAGCGAUGGGAGUUUGAUGAUUAUACCACCAAUAUUCUGAAAGUCACGCUGCCUCAAGGCCUCAAUGGGAAUUCAGUCCGUGUGAAAGCAAUUCAAGUGCUUCGUGACACGAGAAACCGUUCUGACAGCAUCGAUGACACCGGCUUUGAUUUGGUUGUCCGAGAUGAGCAAGGUGCUAUUCGAUACGAAUGCUCGGCGGCACCGACUUUUGUCGAUUCGUUCUUCGAGCUUGUGACAAUCCUGCCAGCCAAUCAUCCUGUCAUCCGACAAAUGCGCGCGGGUUGGCAGGUUCAAGUUCGACCCAACAUGUCUUUAACCGCUGUGCUAUUGGAAAGGCUUGACGUCGGGUACAUCUAAGAGCAAUCCUUGCAAAG